UGUUCUGUAUCUGUAUGGGUACAUCGAAUUAACCACUACUGGCACUUAAUCGACGGAUGAAGGAGGAGCGCUUAAUAAAACUAAUCACUGUGGAGGCGGGCUUUGAAUGUUUCCGCAGAUGGCGAUGUUACUUGAUCAUCAGAGAGUUUAUUCCAGUCAAUCACAGUUCUGAUAAAAAAAUGAGUGGUUGUGAGUGACCGUUUUCGCGACGUUUACUGUGAAGCACUUCGCAUUGGAAGUAGCAGAGUUUUCAACAAUGUUUAUUGUAUUAAAGUUUGUGAAUGUUUUAGAUGUUAUCCGACGCUUAUUUUUAAUGGGUUUUAAGUAUUUAUUAGGAGGUAUGGCUGGUACCAGCCCCUCAAGCACCUUAAAGAGGAAUGUGAACCGCAAAUCUUUCCGACGUUCUUGAAGUAAUGGGAGUUCUAGGUUUUUUAGCAACUGUUGUUUUUGUAUGAAUCAGUGACACAGAAGUAAAUAACCGACAUGGAAACUAAUGAUGUUAAAACAUUUCACAUGAGCGGUGUAUUUGGUGAUUUAGAUCAACAAAAUAAAGUAAAUGUGGAAAAUAAAGUACAAGUUAAAAAAGAAGAAAGUAAUGUAGAUGAAAAUUGUCAGGUUAAAGAAGAGAAAACUGAUGAUGUAGAUGAAUAUUGUCAUGUUAAAGAAGAGAAAACUGAUGAUGUAGAUGAAUAUUGUCAUGUUAAAGGAGAGAAAACUGAUUAUGUAGAUGAAUAUUGUCAUGUUAAAGAAGAGAAAACUGAUGAUGUAGAUGAAUAUUGUCAUGUUAAAGAAGAGAAAGCUGAUGACAUUGAAACAUGCUAUCAGUGUAAUUUGUGUGAAGAAGAAUUUAGAUCAGAAACUGAUUUAGAAGAACACUGUGAAAAACAUGUUAAAGAAGAGAAAACAGAUGAUGUUGAUGAAUAUUGUCAUGUUAAAGAAGAAAAAACGGAUGAUAUUGAACCAGUUCAUCAGUGUAAUUUGUGUGAUGAGAAAUUUAAAUCUGACACUGAUUUAGAGGAACAUUGUGAAAUUCAUCAUAAUUUAGAGUUCAAUUCUUGUAAUGAUAGUGAUGUUUGUCACAGUGAUGUUUCUAGUAAUGGUAAUCCACAGAGACACAUGCUAAAUGAAACUAGAGCAAAACAUUUUAAAUGUGAUAUUUGUAGUAAAUCAUUCACACGUCGUUUUAACUUGAAAAUACACAUGAGAAUUCAUGCUGGCGAGAGACCUUAUAAAUGUGAUGUUUGUGAUAAAUCAUUCUCUGAGAAUUAUGCCCGAAACAGGCACAUGAGAAGCCAUACUGGUGAAAAACCUUAUAAAUGCGAUGUUUGUAGUAAAUCGUCUACGACUAGUAGUAAUUUAAAAAUACAUAUGAGAAGCCAUACUGGCGAGAAACCUUAUAAAUGUGAUGUUUGUGGUAUAUCAUUAUCACAGAGUAGUAGUCUACAGAGUCACUUAAGAAUUCAUACUGGUGAAAAACCUUUUAACUGUGAUGUUUGUAAUAAAUCAUUUAGCCAGAAAGGGAAUCUAUACUCACACAUGAGAGAUCAUACUAGAGAUAAAGCAUUUAGAAAGACACACGAGAAUUCAUAGUAGCGAGAAACGAUAUAAAUGUGAUGUUUGUAAUAAAUCAUUUAGCCAGAAAGGGAAUCUAUACUCACACAUGAGAGAUCAUACUAGAGAUAAAGCAUUUACAAAGACACACGAGAAUUCAUAGUGGCAAGAAACCAUAUAAAUGUGAUGUUUGUAAUAAAUCAUUUAGCCAGAAAGGGAAUCUAUACUCACACAUGAGAGAUCAUACUAGAGAUAAAGCAUUUACAAAGACACACGAGAAUUCAUAGUGGCAAGAAACCAUAUAAAUGUGAUGUUUGUAGUAAAUCAUUUGCUCUACAGAGACACAUGAAAACUCAUACUGAAGUGGGGGGGUUGUAUGGCUGAAUGGUUAGCGUACGCGCGCUGUAUCAUAAAGUCUGUCAUUGAGUCGACUGGCGUGGUUUCGAAUCCCCGGUUGUAUGUGACAGGGAGUAGGGUCGCCUGUCCAACCUCGUGGGUAUUCUCCGGGUCCUCCGGUUUCCUCCCACUGCUAAAGACCCCUACGUGCAAGCGAAUUAAUGAAAUAAAAUUAAACCAUAUGUUAGUCCCGAAAUGACCUAGUUUGUGUCGAGUGGACGUUAAACCCCAUUUCUCUCUCUCUCUCAUACUGAAGUGAAAUUGAGGAGGUGAUCCAACUCAUUGUCAGGUACAAGUUGAGAAUCAAAACCACUCCACACCCCUCGACCCAAUGACAGGCCUUGAAAUCUAACGCGCAAGUGUUUAAGCAUUCUCCACUCUUGAGAUAGUUCCUCGGGAUUUUCCGUGGUCGUUUGACGCUGGCUCACUAGUCUGGAGGUCGGGUGUGUUCGAUCCCUGCAUUGGCCAAGAAAGUUCAUCCAGAUUUCCUUGCGUGGUUCCCACUUGUCAGUGGUGCAGGCCGGAGGGCCUGACAAGGACAGCUGUCUAGUCGUUCGGAUGGGAAAACCAAGGUCCCGUGUACACAUUGGCGUGCACGUAAAAGAUCUCUUGACAGUAUGACGUAUGCCCAUCUUCAUUAGCCCAGUUCGGAGCAGAACAGUUGGACGCUAAACCCCAUUUCAUUUCAUUUCCAUGGUGGUUCCCCCUUGUCAGUGGUGCAGUCUUGGUUUCCCCUUGUCAGUGGUUUUCAUGCAACAAAUAGUACACUGCAUGGCGCAUGGCCAUCUUCAGAGCAGAGAAGUGGGACUAUUUAUCUACACAAAUUGAAAGUAACAAGAAAUGAAAUGGGGUUCAACGUCCUACUGUUCUGCUCCCGACUGGGCUAAUGAAGACAGAUGAGUUGAAUGAUUUUGUUUAUUACAAAUUUAACAUCCAUACAUUAAAGUUGCAAUUUCAUAUUUUUAAGUUAUAUUUUUAAAAUUUAUUCAAAUAAAGCCUUAAAAUAGAUGGUAUCUAUAAACAGUCCUACCUUGUUAAAGAAUAAUCCUAUUAAUCCUAUAAUUCACUAUUGCCAGUUGAGUAAUUGGCAAAAAUAUCAUUUUCAUCUUCAAAUUCCAACGUUUGAAGAUAACUAUUCCAUGGUGGAGAAUAGAAAACAAGGGAAGUAAUUUAGAGGUAAUUGUGUUAUUAUUUCCGGUGUAAAUGAGUUUUAAGUGUGAGAAUGACACCUAUGAUCGUAUAAUAGUGAGUUGACAACCUAUUGAGCAAAAGACAUAGAAAUAAUUAUGUUUUGGUGAGUUGACAACCUAUUGAGCAAAAGACAUAGAAAUAAUUAUGUUUUGACUUUCUUAGAAAAUAUGAAACUGUAACUUUAAACAUGAUAUUAACGACCAGGUCGACUUGAGGACAACAAACCAUAUUAGAUUGUGGUGUUUUACUACAUUUUUAUUUAACUUGUUAGAUUAGUCCAAGCUGGCUAUUGUUGAUAGUAUAAGACCCCAUAUUAUCACUACAAAGUAUCCGAAUUUUUAACCUUCUUCCGAACAAUUUAAGAUAAGCAAACUUAAAAUCAGUUUAUCAGGCAUUCAUAAAUGGGUGGACUCAAAUUGAAGGUCGGCAACAGGCAACAAUUAAUCAAUAAUUCUGGCUAAUCACAUGAAAUAAAGAUGUAUUUGAAAAUGAACCAUGUUAGUUCUGUAAUCUGAAAUAAAGUUGUA